AUGGAUGAAUCUGUAAAGAGAGAUGAAUCACAGAAUAUAGAUGCCUAUGAGCGAUACUCGCCAUCGAGAUCGAGUAGAUCGGGUUACAACGAUUAUCCACCACCACCAUCAGCAAACGGAGGUAGCAGCAGUGGAUACGGUAGCGGAAGUGGAUACGGUUCCGGUGGAUAUGGUUCGAGCAGCGGUUCCAGUGGUGGAUACAGCGGUGGCGGUGGUCAGACCUAUGGUGACUACGGUAGUGGCUACGGAGGUGGUUACGGUGGUGGCUAUGGUGGUGGAUACAGAGACCGUUAUCCUCCACCCCGUGGAUAUGGCGGUGGAUACCGUGAUAGAGACUACGGAAGAGAUCCAAGAGAUCACUACUACAGAGAUAGUUACCGUGAUCACGGAUAUGGUGGUGGAUACGAACGUAGAGGAUACGGUGGUGGUGGCGGUGGCGGUGGUUACGGUGGUGGAUAUGGAGGUGGUGGUGGUGGUGGUGGUGGAUACGGUGGUGGAUACAGAGAUAGAGGACACCCAUACAGAAGACCACCAAGAAGAGAAAAUCAUAUUAUGGAUCAAGAAGAAAGAGAUAAGAGUAAAUGUUUGUUUGUUGGUAAUCUACCAUACCACUUCAAUGAAACACAUCUUACUUCUUUGUUUGGUAAGUUUGGUACUUUGGCAAAUGUAAAUGUCGGAUUCGAUAGAAAGACUGGACACAACAAGGGAUAUGCCUUUGUUGAGUUUGAAUCGAAAACUGAUGCCGAAGAAGCAUUCAAACACUACAAUACAACUGACGUUGAAGGUAGAAGACUUAGAUUGGAUUGGGAUGUCGGUAUGGCAAAGAAAGGUAUCACCAAGUCAGGCCACGGCAGUGCAACUGGUGAUUCUCAAUCUUUACCACCACCUCCUCCACCAAUCGAUAUUGAUUCAAUCCCCAACGACCAAUAA